UAAAUUCGAGAUGUUGAAAGAAUGAAAAAAAUGGGUGAGAAGAAACAUCUAAGUGAUUUCUUCAGUCCAAGUUAUCUAAAAGAUGUCUAGACGAAUGGGUCAGAAUGUGUCCAAAACAGCAGGUCUUUUGGGGUAUGCAGUGGUACCCAAAGUCCUCCAAGGAAGAACAUAUGAUGAAGAUCAUAGUUGCUUGAGACUCAUUGAUGAAAAAAGGAUGAUAGUUUAUCUGGUCCAGUUCAAAAGAUCUCCUGUAGCACAAAAAGCUAAAAAAAAUUAAAAAAAAAAAAAAGAUCUGAGCAUGAUGCAUAUGGGGCUGUGUAUCUGCAGUGCGGUCAGAAAUCCAGUGCAGACCCCUGAACACCACCCAAAGCUUCUACAGAGGACAUGUGGGCACCAGAGUUGAAACAUUGAGCAAUGAAAGAAGGUGGCCUGGUCUGAUUAAUCACAGAGAUGGCCACAGGAUGCACUGUAGGAAAAAGGUGAGACGAUGGAAGCUGUAUAAUGCUCUGGGUGAUGUUCUGCUUGAAAACCUUUGUGGAUGUUGAUUUGAUGUUGCACCAACUUGUCCAUUGAUGCACACUUCCUCAAUGAAGACUGUGUCCCCUAACAGCAGUGUCCUCAUUCUUUAGUAUAACUAACUCUCCCUGCACAUCCACACUGCAACACACGGCCGAGGAACAGUCCAAGGAACAUGACUUCAAGGUGUUCCUUGAAGUUCCACAGAAGUUCCACAGAUCUCAAAAGAUCCACCUCCGCACACCUUCACAGAUCCUUUGCAGGCACAUGAAUGUAAUGAAUGAAAUAUGAGCCACAACACACAAGCAGCAGGUCAACUUCAGUGUGGAGUUGAAUGACCUUGUAACCAUGGUAACCGGUUUCUAGGCAACCGAGCAAACACAAACUUGGUGAACACCUUCGCAGUUGGUAGCGGAUGAAACCUCAGUAUCUCGUAACAUCGUAUUUACUCAGGAGUUUGAUAUUUAAAAAAAAAUAUCUCUCCUGUGACUAAAAUGUCUUCUCAGCUUCUGCCGGCGCACGAGGAGGAGGAUGAAAUCCUGGAGCGGACGCGCUACUCUGGCACUUCCGGCGGCCUCGCGACAGCCGGCUACCGUUCGGCCAAGUACACGCCGCACGAGUGGCUCGAGAACACGCGCGCCGCGCUGCACCGCGCCGCCGCAGAGACCGCGGGUGCCGAGCGCGUACGGGAAGAGGGCCGGGCGGCGCGCACGGAGACCGAGGCCGCGGCCGCGCAGCGGCAGUACGACGCCACCAGGCACCUGGGCGCGCGCCUGCAGGACGUCCACGCGCGGAGGUCGGAGCUCGAGCGGCACGUCGGGCGCCUGCUGAGCGACACCGAGCGGCUCGCGACGCUCAAGCGGAGGCUGGAGAGGGCGCUGCACGCGACCGAGAUCCCGUUUGCCAUCGCCGCGGAUAACCUCACGUGCAGAGAGAGACGCUCUGGUCCCGAGCUCGUGCAGGACCGCGUGGAGGAGGAACUUCUCAAAGAAGUGGAGCUGAUUAAGAGCAUCCAGGCUCUGCUGAAGAAAACUUUGGAUCAAACUGUCAGUCAGAUCAGCCAAAACAGGAGUGUUCAGCAGGUCCUGGAGCUCGACUGGUCUGAUAAACAUGAGGCCUACAUUCUGGAUGAUGAGUGUGGACGCUAUCGCAGCACAAGUACAAACACACAACAUCACGCUAACUCGGCUACAGCACAACACCAUGUGUGUGAUGUAGAUGGCUGGAUGAGCUUCACUCAGAGGAACGUGGCUCAGGCUGAGCAGGAGGAGGAGGCGAGUGCGGCGAUGUGUGUGUUGUGUGAGCGUGUGCUGCAGGAGACCGCUGAGGAUCUUCAGGCACAGUGCAACGCUGUAAACGAAGCCUUCACACAGCACUGCCACGAGCUCACACACGCCAAGAGCCUGCUGGAGCUUCAGCUUACACAGGUCCUGGAGCAGAUCGGUUCUCAGGAGAGAAACAUCAGCUCUCUGCAGCAGGCCGUGUUUGAUAAAGAGGCUCCUCUGCGUGUGGCUCAGUCACGACUGCACUCCAGAGCACAGAGACCCAACAUGGAGCUGUGCAGAGACCUGCCUCAGAUCAGUCUCCUCAGCGAGGUGGACCAGAUCUCGGCAGGUGUAUGUGCUCUGCAGCAGCAGUUGCGUGAGGCACUCGGUUCUCUCACUCGGCUGGAGGAAACCAGGAUGCUGCUGGAGAAGGACAUCGGCUGCAAAACUCACUCGCUGCUCAUCGACCGUGAGAAGUGUUUAAAACACCGCACACUGUAUCCCACCGUGCUCAUACUGUCCGGAUACUGACACACACACACACACACACACACGUCAGGGAAGUCGUCAAGGUUCUGCUGUGUUACCUUCUAGUUUGUCCUAAGUUUUGUCUUACAGGGUGAUUAAUAAACCUGAUAAUUACUUUGAGAAUGAGACGGAGGUGUGGUCUCUGUGUGUG